AUCUGGUUCAGCGCAUUCUCAACUAUUCUCAACCACAACCCCCCAAACCACCAACUACCAGGUCAAUCACCGUUGCCCUUAAAGUCCUAACUUCAUUAAAAAGAAGAAAUGGUGGGCAACAAGUCAGAGUACUUCGGCAAGCUGAAGAGCUUGCUCGAGGAAUACCAGUCGGUUUUCAUCGUCACCGUCGACAAUGUUAGCUCCCAGCAGAUGCACGAGAUCCGACAGUCUCUCCGCGGAGAGGCUGUCGUCCUGAUGGGCAAGAACACCAUGGUUCGCCGAGCCCUCAAGACCUUCAUCCCCGAUGCGCCCGACUAUGAGCGUCUCCUGCCCCACGUCCGUGGCAACAUUGGUUUCGUCUUCACCAACGGCGACCUGAAGACCAUCCGUGACAAGAUCCUGGACAACAAGGUCGCCGCGCCUGCCCGUGCCGGUGCCGUUGCCCCCGGUGACGUCUACGUCCCAGCUGGAAACACUGGUAUGGAGCCCGGAAAAACCGCUUUCUUCCAGGCCCUCGGUGUCCCCACCAAGAUUGCCCGUGGUACCAUUGAAAUCACCACCGACCUGAAGCUCGUUGAGGCCGGAUCCAAGGUUGGACCUUCCGAGGCCACCCUGCUCAACAUGCUGAACAUCUCGCCCUUCACCUACGGUCUGGGUAUCUCUCAGGUUUACGACCAGGGCAACUGCUUCCCCCCCGAGGUUCUCGACGUUGGCGAGGAGCAGCUGCUCAAGGCCUUCUCCAGCGCCGUCACCACUAUUGCCUGCAUAUCCCUCGCUGUUGGCUUCCCCACCCUGCCUUCCGUCAUGCACUCCCUCGUCAACAGCUACAAGAACGUUCUCGCUGUUGCCAUCGAGACCGAGUACUCGUGGCCCGAGGUUGAGGCCCUUAAGGACCGUAUCGCCAACCCUGAUGCCUACGCCUCUGCCGCACCUGCUGCGGGAGCCGCCGACACCUCUGCCACCGCCGCUGCUGCCGAGGAGAAGAAGGCCGACUCUGACGAGGAGAACAGCGAAGAGGAGGAUGGUGGUUUCGGUGGUCUCUUUGACUAGAUACCCUGACUUGAUGGCGUUGUUGUAUGAUGACUCUGGGCUUCGGAAUGAGUUACGAAAUCUAGACACAAAAACCCCGACGGUCCAUAGAUCUCAUGUUGACGAUCAAUGGCAAAACAUCCAAUCUGACGAACACAAAUCCAGA